CUUGUUCACGACAGCUGUGUUUGUGAUAUUGUCCAAAAUCGCGAUGAUACGUCAAUCGGGAAAAUUAAAUUUCAUCCGAUAAAGGCACUUUUGCAAACACCGCGUUCUCAUCAUCGACAACUCCCCUAAAACAAUAAAAUGGCGGAAAUGGAAGAUGUAUUAACAGAAAUCGUCUCCUCCGAUGAUUUAAAGAAAUUCGAGAAAAUCUAUCAUGAGCAGCUCUAUGAAAACAACGUAACACCGAACGCACAAUUCGAGUACGCCUGGUGCCUCGUCCGAAGCAAAUACCCAGCCGAUAUCAAAAAAGGCAUUAUUUUAUUGGAAGAAUUGUACAAAUCACACGAGGAAGGCCAACGCGAUUAUCUCUACUACCUGGCGAUCGGGCACGCACGCUUAAAGGACUACAAACGAGCGCUCAAAUACAUCACAUCAUUUCUCUCCAUUGAACCUGGCAACCAGCAGGUGCAAUCAUUAGAGAAGUCAGUGAAAAAGAAGCUGGAGAAGGAAGGUCUGGUGGGUAUGGCCAUCACAACUGGGGCGGUCCUCGGUGUGGGGGCGGUGGUUGCGCUGGCGAUGGCUGUUACCAAAAAGUAGCAGUAAUGGCAAUUAUUUUUAGACAUUUAUCAUGUGAUCAUCUUAUACUAUUAUAACAUAUUAAUCAGGGAGAUGAAAAAUAGCCCGCAAUUCCGAAAUGAAGAUAAAUAUCUUAGACCAA